ACAGCAUUUGGACUUGGAAUGAAACAAUAAGAGGUUACAUUCAUGGAUAACCAACAAGAUAAGGCUGUUGUUGCCUCAGCCAAUGGAGAAAACACUCUGAUUAAUGGGGUCAAAGAAAAUGAUUCAGAGGACCAGGAUGUGACAAUAAAAUCAUUGGCAGCUCUAGAAGCAACUGCACCAAUCCAGCCUAUACCAGUGGUUCAAAAAGAGACCCUGAUGUAUCCCAGGUGUCUCCUGCCUCCGCCUUCUAAGAAACCUUGUAUGCAGAACCCUCCAUCUCCUUUGGGGCUAAUUGAAGCACCUGAGCAUGCUGCUAAUAGUGCUUCUGUAAAUGCCAUUUCCCUUACAUCUGGUGUUGCAAAAAGCCUGCAUACAUGGUCACUGCCCAAUGAGUGUGAGAAAGCUCCAUUUGCCAUAAUGGAGCCUGCAGGCAUGUCAGCUCUGAAUGGGGACUGCCUCAUGCAGCCAAGCCGGACUUGUUUGGGCUGCUUCAUGGAAUCCAAGGAUGCAGUAGAUCCUGAGCCUGGGAUCAGUCUGAAAGUUGGUGAUCUAAAUAAGGAUUAUGAAACCUGUGCAGUUUCUGAUAUAGGGAUUCAGUGUAUUAAUGCUGGAGAAAACAUGAAAUAUGGAGAGCAGCUGCUCUCAGACCAGCUCCUAGGCUUUCCUCUGCACAAAUCAAGGUCAGGAGAAAAACGGGAAGCUGAGAAGUCUGACAUCGACUUGGAGGAUCCAGCUCAGAAAAGUUAUUAUGAGGCAUUACUAUUAGACAAGUGUAAUACGGAAGAGGCUUUGCUGGCAAAUUCCAAUCAAGAUUGGGGUUACUUUGAGACUUUCAUUAGUGAGAGUAAGAUUGAACUACUUGACCUCUGUUCCAAAAAUGAGCUGUCUGUCAACUUAUUCUCUGAAGAAGAUGUGGAUAACUACAUGUUCGAUGAUGAUGAGUCAACGCUGGGCAGUGAUGUCUGUUCCUUGAAAAUUCGAUAUGAGUCCUUCCAAGACAAUGUUAGAGACAAGACCACCCUUCUAAUGCAGGAGGAUGCCCAAUUCAACUUUUUUCCCAGUGUCUUUACUACCUGUCCUAAGCGAGAGUCUAAGAGUGGGGUCCUGAAGCAGAACAGUGAUCUUUCCCAGUUCAAGGUCCCUGAUGUGAAUAUCAUCUGGGGGGAGGAGGAUAAAAACUUGGACAAGAAGAAAGGCAAAGAAGAGGGACAGGAAGACAAGGGUAUGGGGAAAAAGGAUGAAAAGGAUAAUGGAGAAAAAUCUGCCUUAAAUAAACCAUGCAGUGGGACUGAAGUAGGGCAAUUUAAGAAUCCAAAGCACAGCCAUCUUGCCAAUUCCUUGGAGGCAUCAGGAAAUUUCAGUGAUGACAGUUCCUUCAUUGAGGUCUCUUAUGAUGCCAUGGGGGAGAUCAAGGACUGUAGCCGCUAUAUGGCUCGGGACACUAAUUCUGGCAGCACCUCCUCCCAGCAGAACUAUGGGCUGCGAGCCAAGAGAAAAGUCAGGUACAGUGAAGAUUAUCUAUAUGAUGUUGACUCACUAGAAGGUGAAAAAGUAAAUGAGAGGAAGGAAUGGCUGCCAGGUGGUUCCAAAGAGGAAGAUGAUGAUGAAUGGUGUCCCAAAAAGAGAAGAAAAGUAACCCGUAAGGAGCCUCCUGUUAUUAUCAAAUAUAUCAUCAUCAAUCGCUUUAAAGGUGAGAAAAAUAUGCUGGUGAAGUUGGGUAGGGUAGAUUCCAGUGAGACAACAGUUAAUUUAAGUGAGAAUCAGCUCAAUAAAUAUGCCAAGCUGGCCCCCUUGAAGGGCUUCUGGCAGAAGAAGAAAAAACAAAGAAACAGCAACACCGACUCCAACAAGAUACCCUUAUGCCAAAAGCAAAACUUUGAAACAGGUAGCUUUGAGGUGUCAUUCCUGCCACCUGCUCGCAAACGAAAAUCUAAACUUGGCAAUAGGCACAGGAUUCAAAGAAUCCCAUCUGUGGAAACUUCAGCAAGUGGUAAGCAGAUUUCAUUCUGUAGUGAUCAGAGGCAAGGUAGUACUCGUAAAGAAGAUGGAGGCCUGAAAGGUACAGUGAAGUCAGCACCUUUAACUGUCCCCAGCUGCGCAAGUGGAUCACAUUUAAAUGAUGUGACAGGCCCUGACUCAGUGAAAGUCAAAGCCCAAGAUGCAGGAUUUAAGGGACCAGAGAGGAAAGUGCUUAACAAAAUCAAAUUUAAAAGUGAAGCCAGGUUAAAAUCCAAGAAAAUCAAAGCUGGACAAGAAAACAAGCCAAUUGUUCAAAUCAGCCCUCUUUUGGAAGAUCAACCCUCUACAGCUGAUUUAAAGAAUGAAGAUAUUCCUGGGACCUCAAACAGUUCUCAUCUAUCUGAAUUUCAUGAGGCAAAGGUUGUUAAGAAUUCUACUUUCUUACCAACCACCUGCUCUUCUGAAAUGCCUUUAUCAUCUGCUAAUGUUGCCACCAAUAUACCUGUUAUCCCUGGAGGUUAUCUGCAGACAUUGUUAGAUGCUUCUGAUUUGUCAAAUAAUACUGGUAUGUCAUACUUUGCUCACCAUUCUCCAGAGCGACAUGAAGGCAGCCUCACUCAAACAGAAAAAUCUUUUGUGCCUCUCCAGCCUGCCCAGGACUGUGUGCUUUCCUCACCCUCUGAGUCUGAGCUGCAACAAUCAUCCCAAAACUUCAAAAUAGAAUCAAGCAACUAUGGAAAUAUGUGGCCCAACAAGCCUACUUCUGGCCCCCAGGAAUUCGUGGCUGAAGUCUCAAGAGAGAUAGCUCCAACCCAAUCUAAUGAAUUUGGAGUCUCCCAAGUAGUCUCCAUGGAAAAUAGCCUCACAGCUACAACAUACAAUCGAAUCUGCCUCAAUAGUGGUGGCAGUAAUUGCAACAAGGUCCUGUAUGCCUCUGUGCAAGACACCCAACUUUCAUCUGAUGACUCUUAUCAAUUAUGUCACUUUAGUAAUGGAGAGAUAUGCUUUCCUUUCCAGCAGGGCCCAGCCAAUAUGGAUGAUGACCGGCUCUUUAGCUUUGAUUCAAUGGCCCCACUCUCUGUCAACUCAAGCAAUUAUUGCUCCUUAAGCUUGAAAUCCUGUGAAAAAGAUGGUGAUGAUGAUAUUACUGAUGACUUCCUGGCCCACUGCAGCCCCAAGCUGGUGAUCCAGCAGAGCACUGAUGAGAUAACACCAUUAAAGGAGUCCACUGACCUCCUGGAUAUCUCCAACUUCACUCCUGACAAAUUCCGCCACUCAUCUCUCUCAGAGAUGUCUCCACCUGAUACCCCAAGUCUUUCACCUCAAAUUACCAGAUGUGAGAGUAUCAAAACACUAGGAACACUGAAGGGGUUCCAAGAGGGUGUCCCAGGACCAUUGAGCAAUAUGGAGAAAAUCAAGUGGGACUGCAGUACCCUUUCACGGCAGGUCCAAGUGGAUGAUGGAUUUACUUUAAAUAACCAUCAGUUUCAGUUCCAUAUGUUCAAUGAUGAGGAUUCUGUCAGCUUGCUCCAAAAAACUCCUUGCCUAUCAACACUUAAUGAUCCAUCUGGUCAAAUGAGUACUAACAACAAAGUGUCAAAAGCAAGAAAGAAAAGUUCACCCAAUAAGAGUGGGGUUAUGAACCAGAGCUCUUCUCAGAAAAACACCAGGAAAAAAUCUCUCAAAGCCAACAACAAAGGGAUUGAAAAGCCACCUGGCAAAACUUCCCGCCAGACCCCUAAAUCAACAAAGAAAGGGAAAUAUAUGGCUGCAAUCAAUGGAGAGAAAAUGCAAAUUGGCAUUGGCCGUGGGGGAGGCCAAAUCAACAACAUAUCUUCCACAGGGAAGACAUUGGCCGAAUGUAUCCAACAUGGUAGCCCUGUGGCCUCCAUGAAGAUGCCAAGUCAAAAAGGACUUUCUGGAGAUUGGACUUUGGGGAAAGAGAGUAGCCCUGUCUGGAGUGACCUGAACAUGGGAACCAACACCAAUAACCUCCUUGAUGAUGAUCAACGGGAAUUUCAGGAGCCUUCCUAUAUCUUGUCCAACAUUGCCUCUGGUAUGGCAGAUGUACAGAGAUUCAUGAUGGCCUCCAUAGAGCCCCUUUGGGAACCCAUGGAGCACCAUGGAGACCCCAACAUAUUUUACUCCCCAGAGUCUAAUAGCCUAAAAUUAAAAACCCUCAAAAUAUUGGCUGGGACACCACAGGAAUCUAAGAAAAAGGUCAACAGUGGGUCGCCAGGAGCCAUUAAGAAUCACAGGUCCAUCAAGGGUGUGAGUAAAAGCAAUGGGAAAUCAGCGAUAGGUGAUCCUGGUCGUGCAAACAUGCAUGGUUAUGAGGACUCUCGCUCUGCCUUCUUUGAUAAAAAGUAUAAUAACCCGAGCACUUUAGGCAAUAAUGGACCAACACACAAAAAAUUAUAUCGUCACAAAUCCAGCUCCAAGGCCCUGAGAGAUGAGAAGUGUAAGGGAAAGUGCAUGGAGCGAGAACAGGUCCACAAGGAUGAGGCUGGGACAGCUUCUUUUGAAAAACUGAGGGAUUCCGACUACAAUCUCCUAAAAGCAGAAACAGCAUUUUGGGUUUUACCUGUGUUUGAAGAAGAAACUCACAUUUUCCAGAAAGACAUUUGAUGUUUGUGUUUUAUUUCUUUCAAAAUAUGCCUUGUGGUAUGUAUGUUGACAUGUAAGUGCUUAAAGAAAAGAAUUUUGAAGUGUGGGAAUAAGUCUUUGGAAGCAAACUUUAAUCUAAUGUUCUAUGUAAAAGACUUCAAAAGUCAUACAGUUGCACAAGUAGUUUAUGCACUAUUUACCCAAGGAAGAAAAGGAAAACAUUGUGCCAAACUACAAACAAGUGACUGUAUUGUAUAUAUUUUUACUUCUAUAGCAACAUUUGGUUGUGAGUAUUUGGGGAUCUUGUCCCUGUUGAUUUAUUAGAAACAUUCCAGUGAUUCUUGCUAUUAACCACCCCCACUUAUGUGGAUAGCACCUAUAGAUCACAGUGGAAAAUUAUGUUGUGUUACACAAUUUACCAAAACUUAAAGGAUACUGUUUGAAAUGUGCCAAAUUUCCUUACCUCAUCUCACAGAUUCACCCCACAGUUUAAAGCUCCUUAAUGGAGAUAUAUAUAUAUAUAUAUA